AUGGAGCGCCCGCUCAACCUCAGCUGCCUCGCCGAUACGACGCCGGACAGCGGCAACAGGAGCGCGUCCUCCGGCGGCCCCGAGGGCGGCCAGGCCCCCCAUCUCUCCGUCUUCAGCGUGUUGGUCCUCAGCCUGUUGGCCAUGCUGGUGGUGGCCACGUUCCUCUGGAACGGGCUGGUCCUGGCCACCAUCCUCCGCGUGCGCAGCUUCCACCGGGUGCCCCACAACCUGGUGGCCUCCAUGGCCGUCUCCGACGUGAUGGUGGCAGCCCUCGUCAUGCCCCUCAGCUUGGUGCACGAGUUGUCCGGGCGGCGGUGGCGGCUGGGCCGGUCGCUGUGCCAGGUGUGGAUCUCCUUCGAUGUGCUGUGCUGCACUGCCAGCAUCUGGAAUGUCACGGCCAUCGCCCUGGACCGCUACUGGUCCAUCACCCGCCACCUGGAGUACACGCUGCGCACCCGGCGCCGCAUCUCCAACAUCAUGAUCGCUCUCACCUGGGCGCUCUCCGCCUUCAUCUCUCUGGCCCCGCUGCUCUUUGGCUGGGGAGAGACUUACUCAGAGGACAGUGAAGAGUGCCAAGUCAGCCGGGAGCCUUCCUACACCAUCUUCUCCACCUUUGGGGCUUUCUACCUGCCCCUCUGCGUGGUGCUCUUUGUGUACUGGAAGAUCUACAGGGCUGCCAAGUUUCGGAUUGGAUCUCGCAAGAGCAACUCCAUCACCCCCGUGACACCAGAAGCACUGGAGGUGAAAGAAGCUGCCCAGCAGCCACAGAUGGUCUUCACUGUCCGCCACGCCACGGUGACGUUCCAGACGGAGGGAGACACGUGGAGAGAGCAGAAGGAAAAGAAAGCUGCCCUCAUGGUGGGCAUCCUUAUUGGGGUCUUCGUGCUCUGCUGGAUCCCCUUCUUCAUCACAGAGCUCAUCAACCCGCUCUGCUCAUGUGACAUCCCACCCGUUUGGAAGAGCAUUUUUCUAUGGCUGGGCUACUCAAAUUCCUUUUUUAAUCCACUCAUCUACACUGCUUUCAACAAAAACUACAACAACGCCUUCAGGAACCUAUUCUUUAGGCAGUAGUGAGCAGCAAAACCUUUCCUACUGCCCCAGGAAGCUGAUUUUAAGUGUCAAUGAUUCUGACCAAAUUCCUGAGGAAGUUCAAAGCCACAGAUACUGAGGUGAUGCCAAAAAUGCAUCACCACGGGUCAUGUGUCCCAGUCCCAGUCCCUAGGCAGGCUCUCCAUCCCAGCCUCUCAGCUGCUGUUUUUCCUGCAAGUAGCAUGUAAGGGCUUCUCCUGCCAGCAGCCUGGCAUCCUCGCUCCAGUGCCCUGCUGUGUUCCUCCUGCCUCCCCAGGGAUGCUCUGUUUGGUGGCACCAAAGGUGCAGAGGAGUCCAAUGGCAAAGAAACUUUGGUUUGGCCACUGC